UUGACCUGGGGGGUUAUUUGACCUAUGACCCCCAGACAUGGGUGCAGUUUAGAAAGGUCAUAGAAGUGUUCAGUAAGGACACAGAGACAGUGUUGGAGAGAGUUCCAGCAGCGAUGAAGCAGCUACAAGCUUUAACCCACUGUAAGGUGGACGGGUCCAUAGAGGAGGCAGAACAAACAGCUGACAAUGUCAGCCAGCAGUGUGAGGCCAUCCUACAGGCACUCCAGCUCCAGGCCAUAUAUGACAGGUGCAAACAGAUUCUGCAGCUGACGAGGCAUCCCGGCCGUGACCAGGUGUUUGCCAAGGUGGCGCAGAAGCCGGUGUUCCUGGACGGGCAGGUGGUUGUGAAGGAAUGCCACCGGCAGCUGCAGACAGCUCAGCAGGUGGUGGAGGGUCUGCGUGGGCGGGUGGAGAAGCGGCUGGGGUGGAUCAGGGAGCUGGUGCGGUACCACAUGGUCAGCCAACAGGUGCUGGACUGUUUCAGCAGUGGAGGCCGGCUCCCCCUGGCAGAGGAGACGAUUAUUGCAGAGGACAUAGCCCAGGCAGAGAUGGCUCUCAUCAACUUCCAGAGAACCUUCUACUCACAAGCAAGGGAUCAACUGAACCUGUUGGACCACUGGGUGAAGAAAGUAGACCACAUCCUGCAGCAGAGUGUGUGUGAGUCACCCGACAUACACGACCACCACGACUGGGUGAAAACAGAACUUACCACACUGCGCAUGUCUGUGGAGAAGAAACACAAGUUCUAUAAGGGAGUCUAUGAUUUCUACCUGCAGACCAAGAAGGUGGCUAGAUGGUACUACAAGGCACUGAAGUUUCUCAUUCUGGUAGAGGACAAGUUUGCUACAUCAGACAACUACAGAGGUAAGCCUGACCUGAUCCGUGACCACUGGGAGCACCAGGCUCAGUACUUCCUGGGCAGGUACCCCUCCCCCUCCCAGCAGAACCUGCAGAAGGUGCAGGAGAAUGUGCACCUGAUCCCAGACAUGCGGCUACGCAACCAGGGGCGGCUACUCAUCAACAGGUGUGCAGUGUUGUCCAGACUGCUCCACUCUCAGGGAGGGGUGGCCAGGGCAGACCUGGCUCAGGUCCUGCGCUGGAAGGACCAGUUUGAGCUGGGUACAGACGAUGUCAGCCUGGGACACACCCACAACCCCACCCCCUCCGAGAUCUCCAGCCUGGAUCUGUCAGAUCACGCAGGGCAAAGGAGAAAGGAUAGAAGAGAGCCAGACUACUCUCCGGCCAAUGGGAACUCUCAGAGUUACGGAGGCUUUACCAACGGCGCUGGGAACCAGGGUAGAAGGGGAGGGCUGCAUUCCGAUGGAUCUGCAUCAUUCAGGAAUGACGACAACAAGUUUGGAAUCUACGGGGAUUCCGACAGUGAUCCUGAGAGCAGUGUCUACGGAAGAGGUAGACUCUCUGAUAACAGGACGUUCGGUGUUUACGGUGAUGACAGUGAGAUAGACGAUAAGAACCCACACAGCGGCCCCAUGGGUGAACCAAUAGACCCACGUAACAGCUUAGUGGGUGUACCAUCACGAAACCACCCACGUAGUGCACCACUAGAAGACUUGUCCGGCGCCCACAGUUCCCUGCACGGGAGGGAGAGCAGGAAUAGUUUUGCAGACUCAGGAAUCGGAGCUGUGCAAGCAAACUCUGAGUCCCAUUCGUCGGGAAGUCCGAAGUUCGCGAGUCCCCAAGGACGACAGGUUCUGAACAAUGGGUCCAAGUACACCACGAUCACGCUGGAUAAUGAGGAUACUCAUGACUUGUCUGUGAGCAUGUACAGGGACAUGACGAAGGGGCUGCAGCCCAGGGGUGCUGGUAGGAACAGCCAUGGGAACAGCAUUGGAGGGGACAGCAGGAGAAACAGUACUGGGGACAGCAGAAGAAACAGCAGGGAGAGUAGAAGGGCCAGGCAGGACAGCCAUCUCAAGCAGGCAUGGUCAGCAGAGGGACUGUCUGGAACAGCAUUGCAGCUGUCUGGUGGCAGCUUUAAUGCAUCAAACAACAACUCCAACUCUUCUGUGCUGUCACAGGUUGAGGAGGCAGUUGUGACCCUGAGAGAACAGCAGCACACCCACGACCACCAGAUCUACCACACACUCAACCAGGCUUACCAGAUGAUCGGGGGCAACAAGUCCAGACCAAAGGGUCAAAGCAAAGCCCCGAGGAAGGACGGCCUGGCUGAAGCCGGUAGUAAAGGCGCAAGACGCAAGCUUCCCACCCCGCCUCAGGUCAGUACGGAAGUAGACGGCGCCAUUCUCCGUCCAAACGUCAGGAGAAGUAGGGGUGACUCCAGGACAAACGUGAGUAAAUCUCGCAGGUCAGAAGCUGACCACUCCUCAAGUAUGCCACAACAGCAGCAGCAGAUCUGGAACGACUUCAAAGCAGUGGACGUCAAACCGCAGAACAGACCGCGGGUGGAGAAUUCCUCGCCACGUAAGGGACCGAAGACCAGGAACGCGCGGAGACGGAGAGAAGAAGAUCUCACAGAUGACACCGGACCUGUGUGGAAGACAGAUAGAGAGGAAGAAGCCACGAGGGAGGGGAAGCGACCGUUGGGUAGGAAACGUGCCCCAUCCUGGCAGGACCUGAUGACAGCAGAGGAGGAGCAAGACGAAGUGCAGGAGAGACUGAGACGGGCAGAGCAACUAUUAAAGGAGGAAGAAGAUGUUCUGGAGCAGGAGAGACAGAUAGACGAGCUGCUGAGAACCUCCGAGAUCAGUAGCGGGUCAGAGGUCGGCUCUGGCUCCAGGUCAGAGGUCAACUCUGAGGACAGAGGUCAGGCCCAGACAGAGACGCUACCCAAAGCCGCAGCUGCGGAUACGCAACCGGUAAACGAUGAAAGCAACACUGGAAGUGUAGAUAGAGGAGAGACAAUGACAAGCCUCUCGCCUGUAAGCACACCAUUGAGCCCAGUGACAGACCCAGAGGUGAACGGCAUAUUGGAACAAAGCAACACGACACCAAACGGCGGCCCAACAAGCUAUGAUGAAGAAACUUUGGAAAGCCUGUGGCGGGGCCUGGAGAAAAUGACUCCCAAGAAGUCUGUCGAAGAGAGCAGGAAGGAAGAGGAGAUCUGGGCCCACCUGGAGAGACUAGGGGUGACAGGUGAAACCACAUCUGAUGCAGGUGAAACCACACCUGUUGCAGGUGUCACAGGUGAUGUUGACCUUCUUCUCAGUCUGUCUCCAGGUGACAGCAGCAGUCCGUUUGAUCCCAUGAUGCGGCCGCGAAGUCUGUCGAGCGAAGAAGUGGACAGUUUCAUGAAAUCCCUCGUAGACUCCACCAGACCCUCCAGCCAACCAGAAACACAGCAUCUUCUUGAUUCACCCUUGGAAAGAUAUGGAGACAUCGGAAAAAAGAAGUCGCAAAAACAGAAAAACAGCUCGUCAGAAAAUGGAAGGGCUUUUGAAGGAGAUAAGUAUGACACAGACAGCCCAGACAUUACCAAUGUGAGAAGAACAUCAUCACAGACUUCUCAGGGAAACCAAAACAGUCUGUCAGGUUUAGCUGAUAAUGACCUUGAAGAUGACACUUCUCCUACCCCUGAGGAAGACGAACUCCUGGAGAUCCUGGGACAGAGAAGCAGCCCUGGGAUGGAGAGUCAGGCGAAGGAUUCUUCACACAGACUAGAUCAUGUUCAACAAGAUAGAAAUAAGCAGGAUCGUCCUAAAAUCCAACCUAGGAAAAGCAAACAAGUAGAGAGAACUGCAUCAGGAAGAGGUAAUGUUGGUGGUGGUGGCACUGUCAGGGUUCCACCUCCUGUCAUCCCAGAUAUGCCACUGGUCCAGACUGCAGUUCACAGUGUGGAGUUGGACGGUUACGGCCCCCCUGUGGUGUUAGACAAUGGUACAGGCCUGUGUAAGGCUGGCUUCAGCACAGAUGACAUGCCUAGGGCCGUGUUCCCUGCCAUGGUGGGCAGGCCACAUUAUAAGGACGUGAUGUCCGGGAGAUACCAAGACUCGUAUGUAGGGGAUGCAGCCCAGAACAUGAGAGGUGUGCUGGUGUUGAAGUACCCUGUGGAGCAUGGGAUAGUCACAGACUGGGAUGACAUGGAGAAGAUUUGGGAGCAUGCCUUGGUGAACCAGCUACGUGUGGAGCCAGAAAACCACCCCCUGUUCCUGACAGAGGCCGCCAUGAACCCCCACCGUAACCGCGAGCGCAUGAUGCAGAUCGUCUUUGAGAACUUCCACGUCCCUUUCUUCUAUGUGGCUGUCCAGGCGGUGCUAUCCCUGUACGCCACAGGCAGAACUACAGGUGUGGUGUUUGACUCGGGUGACGGUGUGAGCCACACAGUACCCAUCUAUGAAGGCUACUCUCUCCCCCAUGCUGUACACAGGUUAAACCUGGCUGGCAGGGACCUGACCAGCUAUCUCAUGCGGAUUCUGAAAGAACGUGGGCACUCCUUUGUGACCAGUGCGGAGCAUGAGAUUGUACGUGACAUGAAGGAGAGACUGUGCUACGUGGCCGGGGACUUCAGGACAGAGACUGAGAAGGCAGAGACUUCCCCUGACUGUGAACAGGUGUAUGUUCUACCUGAUGGCCACUCUGUAGUCUUGAGCAGUGAAAGGUUCAGAUGUGGGGAGGUGCUGUUUGACCCCUCGCUGCUUGGUAAGGAACAUGGCGGGAUUCAGUACGCUGUGCACGACAGCGUGAUGCGGUGUGACAUGGACCUCCGCAGGGAGCUGUUCAGCAACGUCGUCCUCUCAGGAGGAAACACCCUGCUCCAGGGCCUCCCAGAGAGACUGGAGAAGGAGCUGUCCUCCAUCGUCCCCUCCAGCCUGACCAGGAGCGUUCGGGUCGUCCAACCACAGGACAGGAAGUACCUGGUGUGGAAGGGUGGGGCCGUCCUGGCCAGUAUGGACCAGUUCAGACAGGCCUGGAUCUCACAACAGGACUACGACGAGAUCGGACCUGCGGUGGUCCACAGGAAGUGCUUCUCAUGAGCAGAACAUUUUGUAGAGAUGAGUAUAGAUUUGGAAUGUUCUGAAAUGGCCCCUGCUGGUCAUGGCUGGGUAGUUGGGCUGUACUGUAUGACAAUCAAGUGAGACACACUGCAUAGACUAUUUCAGGCAGACUCAAUACAUUUUGUGCUGUCUGCUAGACUGUAAGAGGGACAUCUUUAGUUGGUUUAGGAUAAGGGCCUAGGAAUUUGUCUGUAUGGUUAAGCUUAGGGAUAGGAGCUUGAGCUAGGACUAGGCCUAUGGCUAGGAGUUUGGGCCAUGGCUAGGGUUAGUGUUUGGUCUAGGCUAGAGUUAGGAUAAUGGCUAGAUUUUGGGCCAGAGCUUGUGCUCUAGUUACAUUGUAGUUAGAAUUUGGGCUAGGAAUAGGGUUAGAGUUGGUGUCUACAGCCCAAGGUUCCAUUUCCACUGUGGCAUGGCUUUGUACUCAGAUGCUAACAAGGUUAAAUGCUAACAAAGCUAGCCUACAUUGUUUUCUUUCAAUGCUCAUAGUAGAACAUAAUUGUGAAGUAUGACAUACUGACCUUCUGUCCCAAUUUUAAUCAAUUUUACUUUUUUAGAUAUAUCAUUAUCCCAGAUAGUUUUUUAAUUGAUUGAAUUUAUAUCACAUUUAUCUAUAUAAUCUAUUUUAUUUAAAGCAGAAUAUUUAUCUUGUUAACCAAACAUUGCUGUGAACAAUUUGUAUCAGAAGUUGGAAUAUAACUUACAAUGAGAUUACAGUAAGUGUCCUCUAAAAGGACAAAAGAAGGAUUUUAUCCUGUUUAACAGUUUGCCUCAGGAGGUAUAGCUUGAUAGCUUAUGGGUAAGUAUUCUCAUUGCCCUUUCCUAGUCUAGCAUAGUGGACAAAGAUUUUUUAUCUUAUACUUUUCUUGAUUUGUACCACUCCAGCUGUAACAAACUUGUGUCAUUGUACAUUUGUGAAUACUAGAAGUUUUGUAUCACAGGAUUUUGCUUCGCCCUCCCAAUACAAGUGUCCUGUAAAACUGUCUCCCUAGGUUGUUUGGAAACUAUUUAUGCUUCUUACAUAUCAGUGAUGUGUUGACCUGCACCCUGCAUAGUAUAAUGGCAAUAACUACUCUCAAUUUUAAAAGGACUAUUGCAGAUGUUGAAAUAAGGCAAUGGCAAAAUUAAAACUUAAGGUACAGUAUGUGAUGGUAGUCAAGAAAUGUGCAACCAUAGGCCGGUUAUAUAUUGCUUGAAAAAUAUUACCUCAACUACCAGGUCCUUGCUUCCUAUAUCUAAGAAGAAUAAAAAGUAAGGAACAUAUGCUGUAUACUCAAGAGUGUGCUAUUUAUCUAUGAAAUGAAUUACCGUGUGCUGUGGAAUGUACAGGAAAGAGUAUUGCUGACAAAUGUAAAAAUCUAGCAUGAAAUACUGAAAAUUAUGCUCUUCAGGAUUUUUAUUAGUAAAUUGUUAAUUCUCAACUGCAAUGUAUCAAUGAAAGUUUGCCCAUUGUUUGAGAUGUGAAAGUACAUUUUUCUAAGUAGUUGAUUACAACUAAUAUAUGUAAAAUGAUGAAUCAGUGUAGAAUGGACCAUGGUCAUGCAAUGCAAAAAGGUAUUGAAAAUACAACAUACAUGUACUUGUGUACAUUUUGUUUAUGUAGAUGUGGAAUGCUAUGUUGACUUCUACUUUGACAAGUCAUCAAAACAGCAUAGAAAGUUGAAGGGAAUGGUAAUCUCCAAGCAGAUGUAUGGGUCCGGCUCUGCUUUUUGCCUGUUUUGCAACUUUAAGUACUCUUUCCUUACCAGUACUGCACUUUUAGAGUUAUAAGAAUCUGGCAGAUUCUUGGAGUUACACUGUACAUGGUAACCAUUAAAAAUACUACUACACUAGGAAAGAGUACUUAAUGUUGCAAAACACUGAAUGAGCUGGAUCCUUACAUCUAAAAUUUAGUUCAAAAUUGCGGGAAUGCCUGACCAACCAUUGUUUUUGAAGAUGAAGCUUACUGAAAAUCAAAGUGCAUGAGAUAGGUAUGUACAUUAAGGCAGCAGUCCAAGAAAUUAAAGUGCAUUGGGAACAGAAUUUUCCAGACUUUUGAAUGGAACUGUCCCUAGCAGCCAAAAGCUGCCAAAGUGAAACCAUAGCUAGCUAUAUUUUGCUAUUAAAAAUUAUAGCCUAGAUAUGGAAUAGAGAUUUAUACUAGACAAUUCAGAGACAAUCCUGUAUAAUUACUGUUGUCAUUGUAAGUAGAUGUAUGGGAGAUGGACUAAUACGGUAACAGAUGUCGUCAACAUUUCUUCAGUAUAUUUUCCAAAAUAUUUUAUCAAUUCUGGUACCAUUAUAGUGUAGAAUAAUUAUUUAUGAUAACCUAUAUAUACUGAGUGUACAUUACAAUGUAAUCAAGACUGGCUAAAAAAACUGCAGUAUUCUAUAUUUUGUUAUGUAUGUAUGUACAUGAGUGAAGCAUACCUUGUAACCAAUGUUGUUAACUUCUGCAAUAUCAUUGGCAAGAACAUGUUUGU